GCUGUCCUCUUCUUUCGAUUGUUCUUCUUCUACAUGGCGAUGUCGGCGGUAUACACGUCGCUGCCGCUGCAUGACGUUUUGGCGGACAGCGGCGUCGCGUGCAAAAGCGGUAGACGUAGACGCACCGCCGUUGGCCAGGUGGCGGCGCAGGGGAACAACGGCAACAACGCCACGUCAUCGUCAUCGACCGCGUGUCCUGCUGCAACCUUUUCGACGUGUUCAAGGCGAUUCGCCUGUGACGAAUUAGCGCGCCAUCGUUGUCCGUCAGCGCUUAUCGUCCUCUCAUCAUGGCGGCAUCGGUUGUCGGAAAGCUUGGCGCGCAGCAGCUGGUAUGGCGCGGCGGCCAUGUCCAUGGGCGAGGGCAUGGAGAGCUCGCGGAACAAACGCGCCACGUGGCACCGGGCCAUCCACUUUCGAGUGAAGGCGUCUUCCGCCCAUGCGGUCCAGGAGCAGGUUGAAGGGUUUGAAGAAAUGGCAGCCUCCACAAAGCGGAAGUAUUAUAUGAUCGGCGGCAAAGGUGGUGUUGGGAAGACGAGCCUCGCUGCCUCUUUGGCGGUGAAAUUUGCCAACAGCGGUCAUCCUACACUGGUUGUAUCGACGGAUCCCGCACACUCCUUAAGCGACUCGUUCGCUCAGGACGUGAGCGGUGGUGUACCAGUGGUCGUGGAUGGAACGGACUUGCCACUGUAUGGGAUGGAGAUUGAUCCUGAGCAAGCACGGCAGGAGUUCCGCGCUUCAACCUCGAAGGAAGGAGGAAGUGGUGUGAAGGACUUCAUGGAUAGCAUGGGACUUGGAAGCUGGAUCGAACAGCUCAGCGAGCUUAAGCUUGGAGAGCUACUUGACACCCCUCCCCCGGGUCUUGAUGAAGCAGUGGCAAUAUCCAAGGUGGUUCAGUUUGUGCAGGCACCAGAAUAUGAGAAAUUCACUCGAAUCAUCUUUGACACGGCACCGACGGGCCAUACGCUGAGGUUACUCUCACUCCCAGAUUUUCUUGAAGCAUCCAUCGGGAAGAUCCUGAAGCUGAAGGCAAAGCUUAACCAAGCAACCACGGCCGUGAAGUCCUUGUUUGGCCAAGGUGAUGACUCACGAGACACAGCGACUGAGAAGCUGGAGGCUUUGAAGGACCGCAUGCUAAUGGUGAGGGAGAUCUUCAGGGAUAAGCAAUCUACGGAGUUCGUCAUUGUUACGAUCCCAACGGUUAUGGCAGUGAGCGAGAGCUCAAGGCUGCUGAAAUCGCUGGAAAAAGAGGGAGUGCCAGUGAAGAGGCUGGUUGUGAAUCAGAUUAUGCCGAAGUCAUCGACCGAUUGCAAGUUCUGUAACAUAAAGAGAAAGGAUCAACUCCGUGCGCUGGAUUUAGUGAAGGCAGAUCCUGGCUUGAAGGAAUUGCAAAUCACAGAAGCUCCACUUUUUGAUCUGGAAAUCAGAGGCGUACCAGCUCUGAGGUUCAUGGGGGACUUGGUAUGGAAGUAAGUUCACUCUCAGGCCUGGUCUGCCUAUCGAAUCUGUCUGUAUCUGUAUUGGGAAGCAUCCUCGUUUAUUCCACUUCCUACUUCCUAGUUCACUUCUGUCUUCUGUCGACGCCGUUGUCAGCACUUGCUUGUGGCGCGAAGACCCCCCCCGCUCACUGGAUUUGUGGGCAAAGUCUACACUGUCAGUUGUUCACCACGUGCUGUUAAGGCAAAAAUCCACAGUUGGUGAAAAGUAUGAGUCGAGGUAAGAGGGUGUCACUGCGGUGGUUGAAAUCUGCAAGAAUCGACGGCUGGGAACGCGCAGGAGUGUGUAUUGGAAGAACGGAUCCGCAGCGGAAGCAGGUCCUCGGCCUUAGCCGUGCUUGUUGCAAAGUCCGCGAAAAAAAAGUACGGUCAGAAACGUCUGCUACCGUCUUUCCCCGAACACAACGCACCCUUAUUUUGGCUGUAUCUGGCCGGAAAUAUAGCUUGUAGACAUUCAUUUUUAGGGUGCGUUAUGUUCGGGGGAAGACGGUAGGGUUGAGAACUACGAAUCAGGGCCCCCGGGGGUCUGCUGGUUGGGAGCGGUAGCAGGAGCAAAUGUUUUCCCACCGUGCCAGAAACACAGUUCUGAUGGUUUAGUGAAGGCAUUGAAUUUGAAUUAACUUCUACGACUGCUCGAAACGUGGGUUAAAUGUGGGUUAGUCGUGGGUUCAUUCCGUUUCAUUUCUCAUUUCAGCAUAUUGUAAUUUUGUAAUAUUUCAGGUUUAGUUUAGUUCUUUGCGAGCAGACUGACUUGCUGGGUGGUCGUUGUGCGGAAGCAGACAGACAGUGUCAUUUCCAAGAGGGGGGUUGUCAUUCAUGACGUAUGCCUUGUUGGCUGUUUAAAAGGCAUCUGUAUAGAACUUGUGAGUGGUAGUGGUCUCCGUUCGGAGGGGUGCUGUUCUUUUUUUCUUUUCCUCUUUCAUUUGGCGUAAAAGUUUUUACUGAUCCCACCAAUGUGCCUCAAAAAGGAGGUGGUACUGUGGUAUGUUUCUAUUACAGUGGGUAACUUGUGAAGCUUGAGCUCGAGGGCGUUGAUUACAUGAAUUCAAUGAACUGUCAAAUAGAUAUGAUGAGAGUGUUGAACUUCACCAAAUUUCCUCUUGGCAGAAUCUGGUAAGGCGACUCUGCACUUGUUGUGGUGAGCUUGGCCUGUUCUCCAUGUUGCUGUCCCAUCCAGUAGUUCAGGCAAGUGUGCU